AUGCUGCUGCUGGCACUCCUGGUGCUGCUGGGCCCUGCCGGCUGCCCCAAGACUGAGCCCCUGAGCGGAUCUGGCCAGGAGCCCCUCUUCCGCAGUGCAGAUCGCUACGACUUUGCCAUCGUCAUCCCCGCCGGCACUGUGGAGUGCUUCUGGCAGUUUGCACACCAGAGUGGAAACUUCUUUUUCAGCUACGAGGUCCAGCGGGCGACGGGGAUCGCCAACAACAGGAACAUCCUAGCCACGGCGAGCGACCCCAACGGCUUCCAGCUUGGCAUUUCCCAGCACGUGCGAGGACAGAUCAACUUCCUCACCAAGGAGACAGGUUUCUACCAGCUGUGCCUGGACAACCAGCAAAACCAUUUUGGCUUCAUGCAGGUGUAUCUCAACUUUGGUGUCUACUAUGAAGGCUUCAACCUGGAAAACAAACAGCCAGAAGAGAGGAAAGAGCUGAACGAUACCCUGGAGGCUAUCGGGGUCAGCAUGCAGAAGCUGCAGCUCCACAUCUUCCACAUGUGGCGGUUCUACAACUUUGCCCGGAUGCGGAAAGGGGUUGACUCCUUCCUCCUGGAGUCCAACUACAACUAUGUCAACUGGUGGUCGAUGGCUCAGAGCUGUGUCAUUGUCCUCUCUGGGGUGCUGCAGCUUUACUUCUUGAAGCGCCUCUUCAAUGUGCAAACCACCAGCAGGCAGAAGUGCUAG